GAUCGCAGCAGCAACGAGUGAACCGUCCCAACCUCGACAAUCCGCACACCAAACCAGCUCGUCAAUAUGUCCGACAACGGCGAGGUCGAAGUCGAAAACCCAACCUCUGGUUGGCCCGUCCUGCCCAAGGAUGUCAUGCAAGAGAUCGGGAGCGUGAAGCUCUUCGGGCGCUGGAGUUACGAGGAUGUCGAAGUCAGAGACAUCUCAUUGACCGACUACAUCCAAAUCCGAUCACCCGUCUACAUCUCGCACUCCGCAGGUCGAUACGCCGCAAAGCGUUUCCGAAAGGCCCAAUGCCCCAUCAUCGAGCGCCUGACCAACUCCCUGAUGAUGAACGGUCGCAACAACGGCAAGAAGCUGAUGGCCAUCAGAAUCGUGGCACACUCGUUUGAGAUCAUCCACAUCAUGACCGACCAGAACCCCAUCCAAAUCGCCGUCGAUGCCAUCGUCAACUGCGGCCCUCGCGAAGACAGCACCAGAAUCGGCAGCGCCGGCACCGUCCGAAGACAAGCCGUCGACGUGUCCCCGCUCCGCCGCGUCAACCAGGCCAUCGCCCUGCUCACCAUCGGCGCCCGCGAAGCCGCGUUCCGCAACGUCAAGAGCAUCGCCGAGUGCCUCGCCGAAGAGCUGAUCAACGCUGCCAAGGGAAGCAGCAACUCCUACGCCAUCAAGAAGAAGGACGAGCUGGAGCGUGUGGCCAAGAGCAAUCGGUAAAAGGGCAGUCCGUGGGAUAUGGCGGUGGUGGUGGUGUUGCCUGGGAAGAUCAUCGAACAUGGUACUACGACUUGCAUUUCAUGGCAGUCACUUCAAGCACGCAGAUGGUACGGGUCAUCGUCUGCUUUGCGGGGGAGCAUCAAUCGAAAAUAGCACACGCGCGGCUGUCCCGUCGGGUCAGCAGGAUUGCAGAUUCAGCGCAUAGAUGAGAUGCUGAAUGUCCACCAAAAUUCGAAAUGACAUGAAAGUUUGACCAG